AUGAUAACCACGGCAGAAAACGUAGACUACCAUGCAGUGACUGAAACAACGACAGCUACCAGUGUCUCGGAUCCUGCGACGACACCGGCGAUAACGCAAUCCUUGACAACUCCAGGAGUCACCACUGGAGCAGCCGGAACUUCGGAAACUAGCACGGCUGGAACCAGCGCCGCGAUGAAGUCAGACGCAGUAAUUGAUCAGCUAACUGACUUGAACUAUUAUUUGAAAAAGGUAGCCAUUGGUGAGAACAACGACAUGUCGCAGAUUGAGAACUACGCUGGAGGACCCGACUUUGAGAUGUUCCUGGACGCAGUGGAGAACGUUGGAAUACUGAACGGUUGGAACGAAAGCCAAGUGAUAAGGGCCAUAGAGCUUAAACUACAAUCUAAAGCUAGGGAAUGCUAUGAUGCGCUACUGCCAAGCGAGCGACCACGGACCAUGUAUCAGAUGAGGGAAUGGUUCAGGAAGGUGUUCGGAGUUAGGGUGACCGUCACAGCUGGGAAACAGGAACUGGAACGCUGUAUUAGGAAUCCCGGUGAAACACUAUGA